AUGAGCCGCCAGCCGAUCUCGCGACACACCUUCACCGCGCUUAAUAGCACUUUCAUCGUCGACGGCGAGUACCAGUUCGUCAAGGAGCUUGGUCAGGGCGCAUACGGUUGUGUCGUUGCUGCCCGUCACCGCCGAUCAGGCGAGGGAUGUGCGAUUAAGAAGAUCACGAACAUUAAUACCAAGCGGAUCCUCACCAAGCGAUGCUUGAGAGAGAUUAGAUUGUUACAUCAUUUCAGGGGACACAAGAACAUAACAUGCCUAUACGACAUGGAUAUCGUCUUCCAACCCAAUGGGAAUUUUGACGAAGUCUAUCUCUAUGAAGAAUUGAUGGAAGCUGAUCUUCAUGCUAUCAUCCGGUCUGGACAACCGCUCACCGAUGCACACUUCCAGUCCUUCCUUUACCAGACCCUCUGCGGGCUUAAAUACAUUCACAGUGCCAACGUACUCCACCGCGAUCUCAAGCCCGGAAAUCUUCUCGUCAACGCCGACUGCGAGCUCAAAAUAUGUGACUUUGGCCUGGCUAGAGGCUUUACCCCUGGUGGCGGUACGAGCAAGAGCGCCGGAAACCAGGGGUUCAUGACGGAGUACGUCGCAACACGAUGGUACCGUGCGCCAGAAAUCAUGCUUAGCUUCGCGAAUUAUACAACGGCCAUUGACGUCUGGUCUGUCGGCUGCAUUCUUGCCGAGCUCUUGGGCGGCAAGCCGAUUUUCAAAGGACGAGACUAUGUCGACCAACUGAACCAAAUCCUUCACUACCUCGGUACACCCUCCGAGGACACCCUGCGCCGUGUCGGAUCUCCAAGGGCUCAAGACUACAUCCGCUCUCUCCCCAUCAAGCCACGCGUGCCUUUCCAGACACUCUAUCCGCACGCCAACCCACUCGCCAUCGACCUCCUGCAGCAGAUGCUCUGCUUCGACCCCGCCAAGCGCAUCAGCUGUGAGGCUGCGCUCAACCACCCGUAUCUGCAGGUGUGGCACGAUCCUGCCGAUGAGCCGGUCUGCGAUACCAAAUUUGACUUUUCGUUCGAGGAGGAAGACUCUAUCGAGGGAAUGAAAAAGCUCAUCGUCGAGGAGGUCCAAUCGUUCCGUGCCGAGGUGCGCGCUCAGGCGAGGGCCACGGGCCAGAUCAAGAGACAAGACAGUCUACCUAUCCCCUCCCGGGACGAGAUUAUCAGCUCUCCGGUGCAGGAGUACGGCCCGAUACAUGGCGCAACAUCUGGUUACACUGCGCCGUCCCAGCGCCCGCCGUCGCCCAUCAUGGAUGACCCUAGCGAUGCGCUCGAGAAGGAGCUUGCGGGGACGCAUAUUGGGAGGCGAUGA